AUGCUAAUUGCUGGUCAAAGAGACGUUGAUAAAAAACGAGAACAACUCUUAAAAUUGAAUGAAAAAAUCGUGAUCACGUUGCUUGAUGUUGCAAGAUUUCUUGCACGACAAUCAUUGUCGUUUCAAGGAGAUGGAAAUUCUGAAGGAAGUUUUGUUGCCACCAUCGAGCUAUUGCGUCGUCGUGAUCCUGUACUUGAUCAAUGGUUUAAACAUUCCAGUUUACGUCCAUGUCAUGAAAGAAUAGCACAAUAUUUUAUGGCUUUCAGUCAGUGA